AUGAUUGCCAUGAGAUGUUUAGUCCCUCGGUCUCUGGAUCAAAAAAUCUGGUGUCCAUUAGAGUACACUCCAGAAGAUACACUCAAGAGUGCAAUAUUUAUUAAUAGAGAGAAUGCCUUAACCUCCGAAGAAAAACCUAUAGUAGUUACGUCAAUUUGCAGCAAUGAUGACGAACUCAAAGUUAGCUUGUCACAGUUUGAUUUGAAAAACUCGAGUCAACCAUACUUUACAGACAAUGAUGAUCACCCAAUCCCCAAUGGAUCUCAGAAUGAAACAGCUAAAGUAGAUGGGAAGAUACAAACUGAGCAGUCCGAGAUUUUGCAGUCGAGUACGUUCGAAAACCCACGGAGUAUACAAGAUGAGUCCAGUGGCUCGGAGAGAUCGCGUACAACUAAUGGCGAUGGUGAUUCUGUGUUUGUAGGUGGUAAACAACCCUCCAAGCGCCGUAUGAACCCAAAGAGGCCAGCACCUUUUCUAAAACGACGUCAAGGUGUAUCAGCCUGGUGUAGUAAAAUACGGAAACAAGGCCAACCAAUCACAGAUCCAGCACGUGAGUUACUCACGCGUCAGUGUGCAAAUUCGCUGCAAAAGCCAGUUGUCCAAGAUUGUUCAGCAAGUGAACAAUCUAAGUCAGAAGAUUCAAAGUCACUACCGACAAAAAUGAAUAACUCUCUUUCAAGUCAAUUGAAUGAUAAAAAGCAAAUUUUUUCACUGUGUGAAUCAUCAAGGAAUAAGUUGAAACCGAAAGUAUCCUCCUUACAUUAUAUGAAUACUGAUUCUGUGGAUCUUGAUAAAGAUGAUGUAAAAAAGUUGAAAAGGGAAACUACUACUACUACUACUUCAGGAAGAAAUGAUAAUCUUAUCGAAAAUGACGAUAAUAAUGCUUACUCCUAUCAGAAUUCUACCCAUCUGUUAGCUAAAUCAACAGUGAAUUCACCUGAUUUACAAACCUCAAUCAAUCAUUUAUCAGUUGAAUUAAUGAAUAUAAAUUUGAAUGAAUCACACAAAGAAGCAAUUGAUUUACAAGAGUUUGAAUUACUUGAAGAAUUUGCUGAAACUUCAUCUUUCUCUAGUUUGCCAACAAUAUUUAUCUCUAGACUGAAUAAAAUGAAUUUAUGCCUACAAAAUAAUCAGAAGGAGUACAAAAAAGAAGCAUUUGAAACAGAUCAAUCUAGUUCCAAAUGUAAUCCUAUCGACUUGUUAAAAGAUGAAAAGCCUAUUUCACUUGUACAACUUCAUUCUAAGCAUGACUAUACUUCAAUUGAAGAUUAUAAUAACUUACAUAAUAAAGUUAAUUUUAAAACAACCAAUACACAAGCUAUCAACUUGAUAAAUACUUCAAACAUUCUAGGUAGCAAUAAUGAUACAAAUAUAAUGAAUAAAAGAUGUAAAGUAACACCUUCUCAUUUAAUAAAAACAUCAGUUCAAACAUCAUUAGAAAAAUCUAAUGAUCAACAGUCAAUUUCAAGGGGACAAUUUAAUUCAGUACCAUCAUCUAAUCAUUAUGAUUUUGAUGAUACACAAUCAUGGAGUUUCAGUGCUUCAGAAUUAAAUGAUCCAAAAAUAUCUUCUCGAUUUGAUCUAUCUGAAUCAUCACUUAUUAACUGUGGUGAUUUCGUAAAUCAACCAAAUGAAUCGAUUGUACUUCAUCCCACAUCACUAUCUGCUUCAAACGAAACCAAUUCAUAUUUACCUUAUCAUAAUGCUGAAAAACUUCAAGGAAUGAUUUCUGUUGUUAGAGCUCCUAAUGCUUAUGAAACAUUCUCAGAAACUGAUAAACAGAAAAAGAUAUCUGUUGUGCCGCAUGAUGAAGAUGAUCUAGUCAAAUCUACUGAUGAUUUUGUUGGAAGUUUCAAAGAAGAGCCAAAUAAUUCUAUUGGACAAGAAACUAGUGCUGUUGCUCCUGUUGGAAAUGAUCAAAGUGUAUUGAAACAUUGGAUUAAUCAACUAGAAAUAGAAAUUAAACGUUUUAAAGUGGAAAAUGCUAAUUUAAAUAAACUGAAAAUAGAAGUUCAAAAUAAUUUACGGCAGAUAGAAUUAGAAAAAAAUUGUUUUAUUAACAAUAAAAUGAAAGAACAAAAAGAAUUUGAGGAGUAUAAAGAAGCUGAAAUGAAGAAAUUGAAGAAGGAAAAAAGAGUUUUAGAAGAAUAUCGACGUGCUUUAAGAACUAUGCCAAAUAAGAAGGAUCGUGAAGAAAUUGAACGACUUAAACAAGAACUUGAAGAAUCUCGAACAGAUAUGGGUAAACGUGAAGUUCGAUGGCAUUCGGCGCUUAGUCGUCUACGUACUAGAAUUGAAGAAUUAGAAACUGAACGAGAUGAACUUAAAAGUCGUAUCAUCAGGUUAGCAAAAUUACAAAUAUCCUCGAAUACAUCAAAUCCUAGUAGACAACGAUCAUCAUCACUUCGACAGACAAUCAACUCAAUCUCACAAUCCAUCAGUCUAGCACCAUCAGUUAAUGGAACCAAUCUGAAGACGACAAGUGAUACAUACCACCGUUCAAGACAACCACCGUGUACACGUUCAUCAUCAUCACAACAACAACAUUAUCUCGUCCUGUUUCAAGAUUGA